AUGAUGGUCCCUGCUGCCUUCAUCUUCUCGCUCGCCUCGCUCAUCUCGGCGGCACGCAUCGAUACCAAACCGAUCGAAGCUCGUGAUGCCAACAGACUCGUGCACCGUCAUAAUGGCCCUUAUACGUGGUGUGGCAUCAAGAUUGAACUCCCUUUGGCCAAGGAUUCACUCGCGCUCCAAUGGAGCCUCAAAUGGAACUCGAAAUCGGGAACCUACCAGGUCAACCCCGAAGGCAUCAUCACGAGCGCAAAGUACAAUCCUUCUGUCAUUGAGAACGGCCAGACGACUAUCAAUCCCAGCUUGGCAGUAUCUGGCCAGCUGGACGACGCCACCAAGGACACCUUCGAUGUUCUUUUGCAGCUCCAAAUUGCACAUGAUGGCAACAUCGAAGCUGCCGGCCUCGUGCAAGCAAAGUAUAACGGUGUGGCCCCUGCCAACAUGCCUUCCUAUCGCUUCCAGUGCAGCGACGAUCCUAAGCAAGCAAACAAGUACACGAUACCCGUGAUACCCGUGCGCGACAUGUAUGCUCGCUGUGUACCAGGCUGA